CAUUAAUCGAUUGUCGCGCACCACCAUUUUUGUUUGGACAAUGGAGAAUAACCACUGAAAAUUAUUUAAAGUAAUAAUAGUAAUAAAAUCAAAUUGACCGCCGCAAAAAUGUUCAAUGGCAUGGUGAAGACCAUACGUGAUAGCAUUGUGGGCACAUACCCAUCCUGUCAUGUGAAUUCGCGACUGGAAGAGCGUCGGGCUAAGCAAAGAGCGAUGAGACAGGAACGGAGGCGGAAGCCAGACAAACCAGACGAUUUCGUGACCUAUGAGGAUUCUGGCAGCGAUGAGGAGACGCCACAGCAGCAGGACGAGGUCCUCAAUACUUCCUAUAACUUGUGCGACUAUCUGCGAAGCAGAGAGAAUUCAUUGCGCGAUCGUCGCAGUGUCAAUGCCGAGUAUACCAGUCGCUAUGUGCUCACACACGACAUGUUGCGCGAGACGCAAAUUAGUUUAGGUUACAUUAACAAGGUAUUCUGCUCCAAAUGGCUGAGCAACCGCCAGGUGGUGUUCGGCACCAAGUGCAAUAAGCUGCUCGUCUAUGACGUCAAUAUGCGUCGAGUUGAUGCUAUUCCAACACUUUCCAAUAGUCGUGCCAAUCAUCCAGAGAUCCAAGGAGGCCUGCAUGCAAUAGAGCUGUCGCCCAGUCGAUCAUUUUUAGCCACAGGUGCACGCAAUUCUUCCGACAUUGCUGUAUAUCGCUUGCCAACUCUGGAUCCGGUUUGUGUGGGAGAGAACGGGCAUCGGGACUUGAUAAUGGGCAUGUGCUGGUUGGAUGAUCAGUUUCUUGUCUCGGGCUCCAAAGACUCCCGUAUGGCCCUAUGGCGCAUCAACGAAGAUCACAUGGACUUUCCAGACGGUGGUGAGGAAUCUUGCCCCACGUUUGCCACCAUACAUCCACUCAGUGUUAAGGAAGUGCGCACCGCACAACGAAUACGCUCGCUGUGCUUCAAUAAAGAGUUUAAAGAGAUCGCAGCUCUUUCCUUAAAUGGGUAUAUACACAUCUUCAAUGCAGAGACCUUUAAGCAAACACUUUCGCGCAAGCUACCCAACUGCCAGGACAAUGUGAGCAUUGCUUAUCAUAGCGAUGGACUCUACGCAGUCGGCUGUCGCUCGUAUACCAUAUUGCUGGACGCCCGAACGCUGCAGACGAUCAAAAAGAUCACAUCCCGAUAUAGCGGCUGUGGCAUUCGCGCCACAUCCUUUGAAGGCAAUCUGUUAACUGUGGGCACCGGCCUUGGAAUGUUGCUAUUUUACGAUAUUCGAGCUGGCAAGUACUUGGAGAGUAGCGUAAACGCUUCGCGAACCGUGGCGCUCAAGUGCAGUAAAGGAAUUGUGUAUCCGGAAGAUGAGAUGGAUGGGUUUCAGCAGGUGAAAUACGUGCCGGCCAUUUAUACGCACUGCUAUGAUAGCACACGGAUGCGACUAUUUGCGGCGGGUGGUCCCCUCCCUGCCACACUAGUUGGAAACUAUGCGGGAGUAUGGCAAUAGCUCCACAGUACUAUCUCAAAACUGAUUAGUACGAGUAUUUAGGAAAUAGUAUAUUUUGUUUUUAGCCUUGUCGCUAUCGCGGCAGCGAUGUGCGAAAUGUGAUUUUUGAUUUCUCUGCUGAUUUUAACUUUUUAAAGUUUAG